GGUGUAAACUUAUUAGUGGUUGUGCUCAAAAGUGAUGUGUUACGUGUGUGUCCACCCAAGAAUUUCUCUGGGAAAAUAGAGAAAAACGCGCCAAUCUCCUCUUCCUCCGUCGUCAACGGCGUUCUUCAUCUCCUCCUUCCGCCGACGAUGACGACCACCGCCUUGUGCCUCUGAUGGAUCUGCUCCGCACCAAUUUCUCCCAAUUUCUGGUGAUUUUGUGUGCUGUACCAAUACAGCAUUUUGAUUGGGGAAUCUGAAAUUCGCUUCAAGAGUUAAUUUUCUGCAACGCUGAAAUGGAAAGCGAGCAGGUAAAUCGAAUCUUGAGACUCCACUGACUUCAAACCAACAUGAACUCCACUCCGAGACAUUUGAACAAUGUUGCUGCCUCAGAGAAGAUAUUGUUAAGGAAGUUAAAUUGCAACUGCGUCUAUCAGUGCCGCUUAUUGCUGUUAGCCUGCUACAAUUUAGCUUACAACUGAUAUCAAUUAUGUUUGUUGGCCAUCUUGGGAAGCUUCCUCUUUCAGGUGCUUCCUUGGGCAACUCCUUCGCCUCAGUCACUGGUUUUAGUGUUUUGUUAGGAAUGGGGAGUGCAUUGGAGACACUAUGUGGCCAAGCCUAUGGAGCCAAGAAAUAUCACAUGCUAGGUGUUCACACUCAAAGGGCAAUGCUUGUCCUUCUAGGACUAAGCAUUCCCUUGGCAUUAAUUUGGUUCUACACAAGCAACAUUCUCAUAGCAUUAGGCCAAGACCAUGAGAUAUCAGCCGAAGCAGGAACGUUCAACCGGUGGAUGAUCCCUGCCCUUUUUGCUUACGGUCUCCUUCAAUGCCUCAACAGGUUUCUACAAACCCAAAACAAUGUUUUUCCAAUGCUGGUAAGCUCUGGAAUCACAGCUUUGGUGCAUGUUCUAUUUUGUUGGGUUUUAGUCUUCAAAUUUGAGUUGGGAAGCAAAGGAGCAGCCUUGGCAAUCAGUAUGUCAUGUUGGGUUAAUGUGUUCCUGUUAUUAUUGUACAUAAAUUUAGCUUCAGCUUGUGAUUCCACUUGGAAAGGGUUUACCAAAGAGGCCUUGGAUGAUGUUCUUAGUUUCUUAAAGCUUGCAGUUGCCUCUGCAGUUAUGAUAUGUUUUGAAUAUUGGUCCUUUGAGAUGGUUGUUCUUCUCUCGGGUCUUCUGCCAAAUCCACAACUAGAGACGUCAGUUUUAUCAAUAAGCCUUAAUACCUGUUGGAUGGUGUAUAUGAUCUCUGUUGGUCUUGGAGGUGCCAUAAGCACCCGAGUGUCAAAUGAAUUGGGUGGUGGGAACGCACAAGGUGCACUUUUGGCUCUCCGUGUCAUGGUUGUGAUUUCCAUACUAGAGGGUACAGCAGUAGGAUUGGUUACCAUUUUGGUAAGGAAUGUCUGGGGAAAGCUCUACAGCAAUGAUGAUGAAGUUAUCAAAUAUGUUGCCAAGAUGAUGCCUCUGCUGGCACUUUCUGACUUCCUUGAUGGUUUCCAAUGUGUGCUUUCAGGGGCUGCCAGAGGGUGUGGUUGGCAAAAUCUAUGUGCAUUUAUGAACCUUGGCGCUUACUAUGUUGUGGGAAUUCCUUGUGCUAUCAUAUUCGCCUUUGUCUUCCAUAUUGGUGGGAUGGGACUUUGGAUAGGAAUCAUAUGUGCACUUUCUGUUCAAGGGAUAGCCCUGAUUACAGUAAAUGCCUGCACAGAUUGGGAUAGAGAGGCUAGGAAAGCAGUUCAUUCGACUCUGUCUCUGAAUACUAAACUAGUUACAGAAACAGAACCAUAGGUUGACAAUGUCAUAAACAUCAGAGGCAGUCAGCAAUAUAGAGAAGGAAGUCAUGGCAAUAUUUCUGUGAGCCACAUAGUGAUUUUACUACGAUGGAGUGGUGCUGUACAUUGAUUUGAUAUUUCAUUACUUUGGUAAAUUGAGUAUUAGGAAGGCUUGCCAUCAUAUAAAUGUUCACUGUUCAUAAUUGGUGGUGCAGAAUAUUUUCAAAGCUGUCAAGUACUUCUGUAUACAAAUAUAAGUCCCUAUUAAAAAUAGAAUGAAAUCCCCUUGAUACAAA